GCAGCCUCCACGCUGCUCACUCACUCAGUGUGCUGCUGCUGCUGCUGCUGUGCGCUGCUGCAGGAGGCUGCGCUGAGCCAUGUCCCGGCGGACUGCAGACCGCAACCCGUAAUUGAUCGGCACGGACAGACAUACGGACGAUUGCUGCUGUCAAAGGCAAGAGAGCUGCAGUAAUAGUGUGGCGUGUGUGAUGAUGUCACGAAUGGGAGGCAAGUCACGAAGCAUGUACCACGAGGCCCGCCACCCCGAGGCAGUGCUCUCGCAGCUGAAUGCUCUCCGUCGCCGAGGGCUGCUCACCGAUGUGGUGCUGCGGGCUGGGAGUGCGGCUUUUCCCUGUCACCGCGCUGUCCUGGCUGCCUGCAGCACGUACUUUCAGGCAAUGUUUGGCAGUGGAUUAAGAGAGAGCCACGAGACUGAGGUGGAUUUCGCCGACAGCGUCGCACCAGAGGCCCUUGGUUUACUUCUGGAUUAUGCGUACACGUCACGGUUGGCGCUCAGCGAGGAGACGGCCGCAGAGGCCUUGCUGCAGGCCGCCGACAUGCUGCAGUUUCCCGAGGUGCGCGACGCCUGCGCUGACUUUCUUGAACGCCGACUGAGCCCUGACAACUGCCUGGCGGUCCUCGUUUUGGCGGAUGCACACGGGUGUAUGAGUCUCCGUGAGCGAUCUCGGCGUGCCUGCUUGAGAUAUUUCCCAGCGAUGGCAAGUGGCGAAGAGAUUCUGUCUCUCUCUGCCGAUUUACUGCUCGAACUCGUAGGAAGUGAGGAGCUUGAGGUGGAAGAAGAGUGCGUGGUGCUGGAGACUUGUCUGCGUUGGGUGCGGCAUGAUUCUGAUCACCGACAUUCUCGCCUACCUGAGUUGCUGAAACAAAUUAGGCUAGCGCUCCUGCCACUGCCAUACCUGACCUCACUCGUGGAUAAAGAGUUAUUGGUGGCAUUCCAGCAGAAGAGCCAAAUGCUUGUAAAGGAAGCUCUCAGCUGCAAGAGGCGUAUUCUGAACAAUGAGGGGGUGGUGACAGACCCUUGUGCACGACCACGUCAGUCGGGACACUCUCUUCUGCUCCUGGCUGGUCAGAGCUUCAUGUGCGAUAAGGUAUAUUUAGUGGACCAAAAAGCUCAUGAAAUUGUGCCAAAGGCACAGCUACCUAAUCCCCGUAAGGAGUUCAGUGCAUGUGCUGUGGGCUGCAAGGUCUAUGUUACAGGUGGGCGUGGCUCUGAAAAGAGCGUCUCUAAAGAUGUGUGGGUCUAUGACAACCUUCACGACGAGUGGGGCCGUGCGGCCCCCAUGCUUGUUGCACGAUUUGGCCAUGGCUCCGCUGAGCUUGGUGGGGAGCUGUACGUCGUCGGAGGCCACACGGCUGGCACGGGCCAGUGUCCUGCCUCUCCGUCUGCUGCACUGAAGCAGGUGGAGCGAUAUAACCCCGCGACUAACUCAUGGAGCAUGGUGGCUCCCCUGCGUGAGGGUGUCAGUAACGCAGCUGUUGUGAGCACGAGGGAACAGCUCUAUGUGUUUGGUGGCACUGGCGGUGUGAGCAGGGAGCGGUCACCUCGUGUGCAGUGCUACCAGUUGGAAGAAAACCGGUGGAGCAUCAUCGGUGCCUGCCCACAGCCGUGGCGGCACACAUCAGCGUGCCUGCUAGGCAAGCACAUCUUUGUGCUUGGAGGCGAUACCGAAUGUUCGGCAUCGGCCGCGUACUGUUUUCACACUGAGACGCACCAAUGGACCCGGGUUGAAGCAGAUGGGUUUACUGCCAAACGCAUGAGCUGCCAUGCGGUGGCCUCGGGCAACCGGCUGCAUGUGGUGGGUGGCUAUUUCGGAGCACAAAGAGGGAAGACGUUGGACUGCUACGAGCCAGCUUCUGAUAGCUGGGAGAACGUCACGAGCAUUCCUUACUCGCUGAUACCUUCAGCAUUUGUGAGUGUGUGGAAACACCCAACAACUUAGUCUACCAGCAUGCAGGUGACUGCAAUGAUGGUGUUGUUGAAUGUAGCGCAUGCUGGUCAGAAAAUCCGCUUAAAGAAAUCCUGGCCACCAUUGAGACUGCCUGGUAUCUUAGAUAUUCUGAUGGGGUUUUUUUAUCUCUAAAAGCUGCUCAGAACGUAACAAUGAAGAGAAGACCUGAGCCACAUAAGUGGAUAUUGAGGAACGUGUUAUGUUGUUUGAAAACAAUAUUGAUUAUUUAAGUGUUGUUAUUUUUUAUUACAAUGAUUGUGUGAUAUUUCAAAUGAUUGUUAUGCAUUUUGAGUUGGUUUUGAGGUGCAUGAUAUAUAUGUCUACUGUAUUGCUUUACGAGGUUUGUUGCGACUGAAACUAAAGUUAAAUGGUUCAUCACUGUUGCAUGUAACUUAACGAAGUGCUGAAACAUGAUAUUGUAGGUUACACUUUGCAAAUCAAAGCUUUGCCUUAUGUAAUUGGAGGCAGCAAUGUUCAAUGCAGUUGCUUUUCAUUGUAAUUUAUUCUGAUUGAUGUUGGGUUAAUGUUACCUUUGUAAGAUGCGGUAUAAUACAUGACUGGAUUGAAAUGUGCCUGUGUACAUAAAACACCUUAAAAGUUUAAACUCUUAAGGUAAAGUUUAUGCUUAACUGAAAGGUAUUGGUUAAAGGAGGAGGCACAUAUUUGGCCUAAUUAAUCUGUUUGCAGAAAUUUAUUAUUGUGUAAAGUUUAUGCUGUGAAAAAUGGCUGCCAAGUGUGUUUUUUUUUUGCCUGGGCGCUCGCUAUACGACCAAUGCACAAAACACACCCCAGGACGAAGCUGUAGCAAUCGGGCCGUGAUCCAUAACACACAUGGUUGUGUGUAUUUGUGUUGACAGCUCGGUAAAGCAGGAUAUAUGUGCGUGCACAGCCACAAUAAUUUCCAAUAUAUAGGAGUGAAAGAGAACUGAUGCACCUGUGAGAAGCAAGGCAAAGGAUAAGUUGAGUAGAAGAAGAUUACCAGAUGAAAGGGGCGAAACUGUGAGAUACGAAACAUACAUGGUCCAGCAUAUAAUGUGCAGAUUAUGAAGGCCACUAUUGACUGAGAGUAAUUCAUUGCAGAUCCCCUGUGGCAUCCAUGAUGCCUUUUUUAUGCUGCUACAUUCAUUCCUAUCAUAUCUUGAAUGCUGUCUUGCCAUCUUGUUGACCGUCACAUCUGUGAACAUCUGUAAUAAAAAAGAGCUGCAUAGCUCAUCGGAUUCUUCCAGUCUAAAUAAAGAUUCUGAUUCAU